AACCCAUCGACAUCGACCCCAUUUCCCCCUGCUCCGUUGGCGUUUCCCUGCUCAUUAGUAUCCGUCAAUAAGACCGAUUUGCCUAGAUACUACCCCGAUUUCAUCUUGCUGCACUCUAGACUUGUGCUUUUUUACAAAUCCGUCCAUUAUCCCCGCAGUCAGUCAUAAUGAGUUCCGAAACCACCACAACAGUGUCGGCCUCCUCGAGCCAAGCCACGGCCAACGGAAGCUCCUCGACCGCACAGUCUACUCCACCGUCUACCACUAAUUCCUCCAGUAUAACCGCCACUGUCCCCGCCACGGUUCCAUCUAAGGGGACGGCAUCCGCAGCAACGAGAAUCGGUAGGGCAAGUAUGAGCAACAGCGCAAAGCGGAUCCAAAAGGAACUUGCAGAGAUCAGUCUGGAUCCUCCAUGCAACUGUAGCGCGGGACCCAAGGGGGACAACCUAUAUGAAUGGGUUUCGACCAUAAUGGGACCUGCAGGGUCACCAUAUGCAGGGGGCGUGUUCUUCCUAGAUAUUCAUUUUCCACAAGACUAUCCUUUUAAGCCUCCGAAGGUCACAUACCGCACUCGAAUCUACCAUUGUAAUAUUAACAGCAAAGGAGAAAUCUGCUUGGACAUUCUCAAGGACAACUGGAGUCCAGCUUUGACGAUUUCAAAGGUCCUCCUAUCCAUUUGUUCCUUGUUAACAGAUGCGAAUCCACAUGACCCUCUUGUGGGAAGUAUUGCUCAACAGUAUUUACAUGACCGCGAAGAGCACGAUCGAGUAGCUCGCGAAUGGACAAAGCGAUAUGCCUGCUAGUGUAAUUGUAUAACUGUCCUUAAAGUGGAAUUGAGCUGGGCGAAUAUAUCUUAUAUCUUAUGAAACUGGUUUCGUGAUCAAAUGGAAAGCUAGCGUACAAUAGAAACAAUCUGCGAUGCAUAAGCCUGGGCUCCUCCCUUAGGGGGAACGAGGUUCUAAAUAGUGGAUCUGCUCUCAGUUAUAGAAGGCAGUACACACUUGAGUUAUUGCAGGUGUCCUUGACAUGACAGGCACCAUUGAGCAUCAUACAAAGAGUACCUCAAAGAAAUCUGCGUCAGAGGAAAAACAGAGCUCGCUUUCAC